UAAUUGGAAAUAGUUCAUUUCUUUUCUAUGUUGCUUUGCAAAGUCGACUGUAUUUAUCACGAAGAUGGAUAAAUGUCUGAUUUGAUCAUAUGUGUACUUUUAGGUGUUGAAACAACGAGUGUCAGAAUGACGGUUUGUUGUGAGUCGUGUGAACGUCCAUGGAGCAGUGAGCGCUGCUCCUCUCAUCUCUUCCCCCGGGAGACAGAAAGCCACCGGGGACUCUGCAAGAGAUUCAGGUCUACUAAGGGAGCGUCUAAAGCCAGGAGGGACCAGAUCAACUCUGAGAUCAGGACCAUGAGAACUCUGCUCCCCAUCCCUCAGGAGGACCAGGACAGACUGUCAUACCUCCACAGCAUGGCAGUUAUCACAGCAUACAUCAGGAAGAGCUUUCUGUAUAAGGGAUUAUCAGCUGAUCAGAGUUGUCUCUCCUCUUCCUCCUCCUGUCCUCUGUACGAGACCUUCCUCCCAGCCUUGCAUGGUUUCAUUCUGAUCCUCUCCUCCCAGGGCAAGCUGGUCUAUGUCUCCGAGAACGUCUCUGAUUACCUGGGGCUCUCCAUGGUUGAUGUUCUUCAGGGAGACACAUUCUAUGACCUGGUGGAGAGUCAGGACGUGGAGACAGUUAGAUCUAACCUGGAGACAGACAACACAACGUCAACUGAGAGGAGUUUUGUGUGUCGAAUGCACACCUCCAAGGCCUUCAGACUAGAGUAUGGUAGCUGCUGUUCUAUAAUGGUCCGGGGACACUACCAGACCGUCCCACAAUCCCCCCAGUCCACCCCCACAGUGAACCAGAGGGUGUUCUUGGCUCUCUGCACACCCACAGUGAACCACCUAGGCAACAGCACCUUCUCCUCGUGCUCCUCCUCCUUCACCAGCCUCCACAGACCAGACAUGAGCUUCAGUCACCUGGACGAAAGGGUUGUGUUUUACUUGGGCUACUCAUCGGAGGAGCUGAUUGGUCGAUCGUGGUACAGCCUCCUCCACCCUGAAGACCUCUCCUUGAGUGCCUACUCACAUAAGAGUUUGAUGCAGGCAGACGAGGGUGGGCAGAUGGAGAUGGUUCUGAGGCUCCAACACAGCGACCUCUCGUGGGCCUGGAUCUACACUAGAGCCGCUAAGCAUUCUGGGAACCAGGAAGUGAGCUGCUGUAACUACAUUAUCAGUGAAACAGAAGCCAUGUAUCUGAGAAAAAAGAUAAACGGCGAUGCUUUCAGAGCCUCUCCUCUUCAGCCCUACUGCCCCUCUCCCACCCCCCAGCUGACCCAGAGCUGUUGCCCCACCAGGGACCUAAAGAGACCCAGAGCGUUCAGUCAGUACAGUAGUAUAUCUGAGACUGAGAACAGGUCUAAAGCCAGCAGGAGACAGACAGCACAAUCUAAUACUAUGUUCUACGUGACAUCAUGUAGCUCCUCCUCCCAGGCCUUCUCCACCCCUCCCUACAGCCCCACCUCCUCCCACUACAGCUCCUCCUCCAACUCCUCCCACUCUCCGACAGAGCAGGACGACACCAGCUCUGACUCUCUGUUGGAUGUGUAUGUCAACACAGAGAACUUAACCUCCUACUACCAUUGCCCUGAAGGAGGGACUGAGGUAGGGACUGGGCCUUCCUGCCUCCUCUCCCCCUCUAGGUCCUUCCACCAGGGUAUCUUCAGUCAGACUGACGCGUUCUCUCCUCAGUCCUGCCCUUCUUCUCCCCAGUAUGAUUGCCCAGCAUGCCCUGCUGAUGCCCGGCUGGUCCCUGACUGUCUAUCUGUAUCAGACCUGUUAGAGAGUUCAGCAGACUGCCCUAUCACCAUCCAUACUGAAGACUACAGUGUCUCGGUUCAGCCACAAGGUGGUGCCACCAGUCCAUACAGCCUCUCGGUUCAGCCACAAGGUGGUGCCACCAGUCCAUAUAUCCUCUCGGUUCAGCCACAAGGUGGUGCCACCAGUCCAUACAGCCUCUCGGUUCAGCCACAAGGUGGUGCCACCAGUCCAUACAGCCUCUCGGUUCAGCCACAAGGUGGUGCCACCAGUCCAUACAGCCUCUCGGUUCAGCUUCUAGGUGGUGCCACCAGUCCAUACCAGAGCCACCAUAUACCUCAGACUGUCUCUCCUCCUAUUGGAGGCCUACUGACCCCUAACCCCUCCCCGACCUCUGACCUCUCCUUCCUCUACAGUGUCAGAGACAAGGUAGAGAUCAGUAUCCUAGCCCAGCAGAUCUCCUCUCUGGCCUCCAGCUUCGACCUGUUCAACACCCUGAGCCCCAUCCAGACCCCACCUCAGCCCAGCUCAGAACCCCUUCCCUGGGCACAGCUCCCAGGUCCCUCCCCUGUCCCCCUCCACAUCAAGCCUGAGCUGGUCCUGGAUGAGGGAGUGUUUGAUCGUCUCCUGAAGGAUCUGAGCAUGGUUCAGGGACCUGGGAGUCUGUCUCACUGCUACCAACCUCAGGACCCUUCCACCCUGGCUCUGUCUUCUCUAGUGGACCCUCUACCCAUGUUGCAGUCAUCCCUCUCUCUCUCCCUCCCCCUGCCACACCCCUCAUCCCUCUCUCUCUCCCUCCCCCUGGAACACUCCUCCUCCCUUGCUCUCUCCCUGCCACACCCCUCACCCCUCUCUCUCUCCUUCCCCCUGGACCCAUUCCACCCAGCUAACCUGGAUCCCUUCUCUCUGAGGACAAGCUGUCAUAAUCAGACCUCUGAGUUGCAUCAACUCAACCUGCCCCACAGUCUCCAUCAAGAUGGGCUUGUUGAAGAAUCCAUGUACUGAUACCAGUCUAAAUAGACUUACAGUACUAACCCUCGUAUGGCAUAUUGUCAUGACAACCAACCUUCCAGCCAAAAUGAAGACUUUUUUUAAAGAAUACAUACUUUCUAAAGACUUCUACAAUAUUUAGUAGUUGGUACUUUUCAAGGGAACAUGUUUCCCGAAUUAUCUCUUGUUUUUGUAAAUGAAAUUGUGAUGAGGAAGUGAACCUUGUGGACCAAACUGCUGAGGAGAUUGUUUAUUUUGUGGUUGUGUUAACUACAUUGAUACCGGUUGACUGCUGGAAUUCACUGUGUUGAUGAUGAUUCUGGUAGCGUGGUACUGUACUCUUUACAUCUAGAAAACCGAUGAUCACAUAUGUAGAAUGGAUGUUUAUUUUGAAUGUUGAGGGACCAAGAUGAUGAUUUACUACUGAGCACUUUCUGGAUGUGUUUGAGCCGUUUUGAGUUAAUGUCACACACAGGGACGUGAUCCUCCAGAGGAGGUUGAAGCAGACCCAAGUCACACACUGUUCCCUGUGUAGUGCACUACUUGACCAGAGCCCUAUGAGGAUAUAGGGUACCAUUUGAGAGACAUGCAUAGGUGCUAAAAAGAUAAUGAAGUAACUACCUCUAUAAUGCCACUCCAUUCAUCCCCAGCCUGAAACAAAGAUAAUGAAGUAACUACCUCCAUUAUGCCACUCCAUUCAUCCCCAGCCUGAAACAAAGAUAAUGAAGUAACUACCUCCAUUAUGCCACUCCAUUCAUCCCCAGCCUGAAACAAAGAUAAUGAAGUAACUACCUCCAUUAUGCCACUCCAUUCAUCCCCAGCCUGAAACAAAGAUAAUGAAGUAACUACCUCCAUUAUGCCACUCCAUUCAUCCCCAGCCUGAAACAAAGAUAAUGAAGUAACUACCUCCAUUAUGCCACUCCAUUCAUCCCCAGCCUGAAACAAAGAUAAUGAAGUAACUACCUCCAUUAUGCCACUCCAUUCAUCCCCAGCCUGAAACAAAGAUAAUGAAGUAACUACCUCCAUUAUGCCACUCCAUUCAUCCCCAGCCUGAAACAAAGAUAAUGAAGUAACUACCUCCAUUAUGCCACUCCAUUCAUCCCCAGCCUGAAACAAAGAUAAUGAAGUAACUACCUCCAUUAUGCCACUCCAUUCAUCCCCAGCCUGAAACAAAGAUAAUGAAGUAACUACCUCCAUUAUGCCACUCCAUUCAUCCCCAGCCUGAAACAAAGAUAAUGAAGUAACUACCUCUAUAAUGCCACUCCAUUCAUCCUCAGCCUGAAACAAAGAUAAUGAAGUUACUACCUGAAACUACUGUUUAGAAAGUGCGUGUAUUUAUUGGUAGAGAUGACUGUUUUACUUAUUGUUUGAUUCCCGUGUUUGUCUACUAGCUGUGCUACUGAAAACUCUUUGUAACCAUUGGUAACCAUUAUUCAGCACAUUUGUCUUGAAUACAUAUGUUGUGUUGAUUAAAUGCUGCUUGGUUGGAUGUAAUUGUACAAAAGCAAAGUAUUUUUGCAAUUGGUUUUCUAAUUUUGCAAUGCAAGUUAUUAAAACUCAUAAAAUAUGA